AUGUCUCUACUUGUCCUCCCUUUUGGUAUCCCGGGUGUUAUCUAUUCUCAAGAUUGGUUCCAUCGCACAAUUUACUCAAGCUUCCAACUUCCAAGCUCGGGUUUUAUCCUUGUUGAUGCCAAUGAACUUGAAUUACAUAAAGAGCUCCUUAGUCAAGAGAAUAGUGUAGACGAUAGUGCAGUUCGUCAAUCACCUGGAUAUUAUUCAACGACUUCAAGUCUUAUUACAGCAUAUUCGUCGUUCUCCUUCUUUGGCUUCUUGCUUUCAGCUGCAUCAGACUUCAUUCGAACGAAGCUAUACUUUGCGCGAACCGGGUGGCUAGCAAUAGCCCUUCUGCCAAUGCUAAUGGCCUAUUUCUUGCUUGCUGCGAAAAGUGGCGAGGCAGUUCAUGUUGGCACCGCCCAAAUAGGACUAACCUCGGGAUUUAUAUUUGCUGCUGCAGUUUCAGUAACAUCUGAGCUUUUCGGCCUCAAUAGUGUGGGCCUAAUGGCUGAUUCAGUGGUAUGCAUGGGAAGAAAAUGCUAUGGCUUAACCUUUGUAUUGUGGGGAUGCAUUUCUAUCUUGGGAUUAGCCUCAAGUUUGCUGCUAUUCUUAUGA